AUGUCCUCAUCCCCUGCACCUCCUGGUUACUACGAUGUCUUCAUCAGCUUCCGAGGUGAAGACACUCGAAGAACCGUCGCUAGCUAUUUGUACAAACAACUUGUCAACAGAGGGAUUUACACCUUCAAAGACGAUCCAAGGAUUGAGCUGGGAGACUCCAUCCCUGAAAAACUUGAAGAGGCCAUCAAGAGUUCAAGGUUUGCCGUUGUGGUUAUCUCAAAGAGCUACGCUACUUCAAAGUGGUGUUUGGACGAGCUUCAUCUGAUCAUGAAACUUAGAUUGGAAGAAAAGAUUUGUGUCAUCCCGAUCUUCUACGACGUUUUCCCCUCUGACGUUAAAAAUCUUCGAGGGACUUUUGCUUUAACAUGCCAUCGAGGUUGUAAAUUGGCGCAGAAGCUUCCCAACUGGAGAGUAGCCCUUAGGCGUAUUGGAAACCGAAAAGGCGCAGAGUCCAUUAUUUCAUGCAAGUUGUUCUCUAUGUUGCCAACGGCUACCGAGGAUAUCGUUGGAAUGGAAGCUCAUUUGGCACAAAUCAACCCUCUCUUGGCCAUGGACAUCCACAUCAAGAAUGAUGAGGCUCGAAACCAACCCUCGGACAAUGACACCAACACCAAGGAAGAUAAGCUUCUUUCCAAUAUCCUUGGCGAAGAAGAUCUUAAUUUUCAGACCAUUGAGCAGGGAGCUAGUUAUAUCCAUUCAAGGCUUAGGAACCUAAAAGCUUUAGUUGUCCUUGAUGACGUGGAUGAUGUGAAACAGGUGAAUGCCUUGGCAAAGGUUGGAUGGUUUGGACCAGGGAGCCGAAUCAUCAUAACCACACGGGACAAUAGCUUGCUUAGCUCCUCUAGAGUGAAAAAUGUGUACAAAGUUAAGUAUUUGGAUGAUGAUAUAGCUCUCCAACUCUUCCAGCGGAUUGCAUUUAAAGGAAGGAAUCCUCCUAGAGACAGAGACUACCAACAUCUUUCAGACCGUUUCUCUAGGCUUUCUCAAGGUCUUCCUUUGGCACUUGAGACUUUCGGCUUCCAUCUCCAUGACAAGUCCCUAGGAGUGUGGCAAGAUGCUUUGAAAAUGUUUGAGGAAUCCCCACACGAGAGUAUCAUGACGGUCUUGAAAACUAGCUAUGAUAAAUUAGACAAAGUUGGUAAGACUGCAUUUCUUCACGUCGCAUGCCUUUUUAAUGGAGAUCCUGUCGGACGAGUCAUAACACUUCUUGAACGAGGUAGAGCGGGAAUAAAGGCUUUAGUAGACAUGUCUCUCAUCGACAUAUCGGCUGAUGGGCGUAUAGCUAUGCACCCUUUGUUAGAGCAAACAGGGAGACAAAUUGUGCAUCAAGAAUCAGAAAACAGCGCUGCCAAACAACGAAUCUUGUGGCAACAGAAGGACAUCUGUCGAGUACUUGAAGACAACGCAGGUACAAGCAAAAUCGAAGCCAUGGCAUUAGAUGUUUCUGAGCCGAUGUCCAGUGAUUUUCAUAUCAAGUGGAAUAUGUUCAAGCCGAUGCAUAAUCUCAGUUAUUUGAAGAUCUACAGGCACUCUCAAGCUCAAAAGGCUCUGGAGUGGAACCCCGGAUCUAAGGAACUCAAAGAACUUCCAGAUCUUCAGGAAGCAGUGUGUCUCGAGGAGUUGAUAUUGGAAGGUUGCACUUCCUUGAAACAGAUUCCAAAGUCCAUUUGUAGCCUAUCAAAACUGCAGAAAUUUGAUGUGUCAAAUUGUGAUGGGCUUACGCAUCUUUGGAUCAAAAUAACGGAAUCUUUAAGCACUGUCAUCCAAGACACAAGCUCGAGCGUUAGAUCAGUCUACCUGAAAAAUUUUAGCACAGAAACGUUUGUGGCAGAUUCUCAGGGCAUUUCUCUUGAAAAUCCAUCGAUCAAAGGAAACUUAAAACUGGAGUUAAAGCUUCUAAAAGGAUAUGCAGAGCAUCUAUCUUUUACCUCCGAGAAACAGAUCUCUCGUGAGCUGAUGAAGUUGGAGCUCGAGUCACCUCCCUAUGGUUUUAGUUCACCCGACAUCAUGCGGUUUAACAGCAACAAGAAGAGAAGUUUCAAGUGUAUUAGCUUUGCAGGGUUUCCAUGGUUGAUAGAGUUAAAUCUAAUCAACCUAAACAUCCAGCUAAUCCCAGAUGACAUCCACCAUAUGGGAGUCCUAGAGAAGUUGGACCUCAGUGGGAAUAGCUUAAAAGGGUUACCUAGUACAAUGAAGCUUCUUAGCAAGUUGAAACAGUUGACGCUUUGUAACUGCCGCAGUCUGGACGAAUUGCCAGAUCUAUCUCAGCUGGAGAUCCUAAUACUUUCCGACUGUACAAACCUCAGAACAUUGAUGAAGCUUGAUCAGGAAAUUAGAUACAGUUUGCUCGAGCUUUGGCUUGACAACUGCAAGAACAUUGAGUCACUAUCAGAUGAGCUACGUCAUCUCACAAAGUUGACAUAUUUAGAUCUCAGCAGACAAGAUUUCAAGACAUUACCGACAAGCAUCAUGGGCCUCACCUCCUUGGUAACUCUCUGCCUCAAUUACUGCAGCAACCUCGUAUCACUAACAGGGCUUCCACGGAGUCUCAAGAGUUUAAAAGCACAUGGAUGCAAGUCUCUAAAAGCUUCCACCCUACCCAGCAUAAUACAUUCUGUUGAUCUAACUCCAUGCCCCCAUUGGAAGCAGAACUCCAGUCAAAUCACUCGGUUUCCAGUUGGAAGACGCAGUAAACAGGAGGAACCAGUAUGUGCUUGCUUCAAGGAGACUACCAAAGCUACAACGGGUUAUCAAGUGGCUAUAUCAAUCCUAUUGCAGCAUUUAAAGCCAUGCUUGUGGGAUUUUGCUUGGUGCGUUUUGAUUGCGUGUCUGGCUAUUCUGCUUGUGAGUCUGGCCAUUCUGCUUACGACCGGAACAAAUCCUUUCCGCCACAACUAA